UUAUUCUGUGGUCUCUGACUCUAGUUCCAUGAAGUUUUCCGCACCUAUUUAUUGUGAAAACAGUAUUUCUUGCCCAAACUGUGGUACUUUCGUAGGGAUCAAACGAUGUGAUGUUUCGGAAAACUGUUGGUGAACUAAAGCAUUUAAAAUAGAAUGCCAACUCCACAAGAGCGAGGAUUAUAUUUUGUCACCAGCUGUACAGUGUCUGGCUCAGAAAGAUGUUCGUGAACAUAUACUGAAUGAUGAACGCGUACUAGGAGUUCGUAAGGGCUCUCAAACCUUGCCCUUCUAAAUGGGCUAGGUGGUGGCGUGCUUCCUUAGCUUCUCGUCUGACCCCAGUUAGCACUGAUCACCUAGUGUAGCUUGACGGCCCUUGAGGCCCCCGCACCCCAGGGUUUUUAGUGGACGUGGCUACUACCGCUCUAGGGGAUCCACCAAUCCAGUGCUCUCUCAGGGAGGCAGUGGGUGUGAUAGCAAGAAUAAACCUUUUGUGAGAAAUGUACUCUUCUGUCCAAUAAUAACUAACAGCUUUCUUUUGCGUGUCUGAUAUGUUUCAGGCACUACGCCAAAAAAGUUUUACACACUGUCUUAGUAUAUUCUAGUAACAGCCUCCUGAGAUACGUACUGGUGAAGCAGAGGGCUUAGAUUGAGAGUAAAUAGCCUGCCAAGGUUAUGCAGUGGUAGAAGUAACUUUGGAACACAAAGAGAAGGCGAUCCAGGACAUAAAGGUUGAAAUUCACACAGAAAACAGCAGCUACCCUAUAACUGAGGAACCAUCUAUAACUGAAGAAAAGAAAAAUCUUAGGAGUUUCAGGAUAAAGUUUUUUAAAAAAUGGAACCUUGUUCCUGUGAUACUUUUGUGGCAUUACCUCCAGCAACUGUUGGUAACAGGAUUAUUUUUGGAAAAAAUUCAGAUAGAUUGUGCGAUGAAGUACAGGAGGUGGUUUAUUUUCCUGCUGCAGUUCAUGAUAACCUGAGAGAACAUCUUCAGUGUACUUAUAUAGAAAUUGAUCAAGUUCCUGAAACAUAUGCUGUUGUCCUUAGUCGCCCAUCUUGGUUAUGGGGGGCAGAAAUGGGAGCCAAUGAGCAUGGAGUUUGCAUUGGAAAUGAAGCUGUAUGGGGAAGAGAAGAAGUUUGUGAUGAAGAGGCACUACUGGGCAUGGACCUUGUCAGACUUGGCCUUGAAAGAGCUGAUACAGCUGAAAAAGCCCUCAAUGUCAUUGUUGAUCUAUUAGAAAAAUAUGGCCAGGGUGGAAAUUGUUCAGAGGGUAGGAUGGUAUUUAGCUAUCACAAUAGUUUCCUGAUAGCUGAUAGGAAGGAAGCCUGGAUUCUGGAGACUGCAGGAAAGUACUGGGCUGCAGAAAAAGUACAAGAGGGCAUUCGUAAUAUUUCUAAUCAGCUUUCUAUAACAACCAAGAUUGAUUGGGAACAUCCAGACAUGAGAAACUAUGCUAAGCGGAAAGGUUGGUGGGAUGGUAAAAAGGAGUUUGAUUUUGCUGCAGCAUACUCUUAUCUUGACACAGCCAAGAUGAUGAUUUCACCAGGCAGAUACUGUGAAGGCUACAAGCUUCUGAAUAAACACAAAGGAAAUAUAACUUUUGAAACAAUGAUGGACAUUCUCCGAGAUAAACCAAGUGGCAUUAAUAUGGAGGGAGAAUUCCUGACCACUGCAAGCAUGGUUUCUAUUUUACCUCAAGACUCCAGCCUUCCUUGCAUUCACUUCUUCACAGGGACUCCCGAUCCUGAGAGAUCCAUUUUUAAGCCUUUCAUAUUUGUACCAAAUAUCCCACAACUCUUGGAUACGAGUUCACCAACAUUUGGACAUGAAGAUCCAGUUAAAAAGAAGCCACGUUUUCAGUUUAAGCCUGACAGAAGACACCCACUCUACCAAAAACAUCAACAGGCAUUGGAAGUAAUUGAUAAAAAGGAGGAAAAAGCCAAAACCUUGUUGGACAACAUGAAGAAACUGGAGAAAGACCUAUUCAAAGAGAUGGAAUCAAUUCUUCAAAACAAGCAUCUUGAUGUGGAUAAAAUAGUUAAUCUCUUUCCUCAGUGUGCAAAAGAUGAAAUUAGAAUUUAUAAGUCAAACAUUAGUCCUUAGUGGCCAUGUACGGUCAGCAAUCUUCUUUAAAGUCAGAAUCUAUCACCUAUCAUCUAUCAUCUAUCACAAUGUUAUCAUUGGUAAAUGAUAACGACCUAAUUUGAGCAGAUCUGAUUAUUCUUUAAUAGCAUUUACAUUAAUGGCCUAUGAGAACUACAUAUAUAUAGCCUUGCUGAAAUACUGAGAAUGAAAAUAACAUUGGAAUUAGGCAUGUAUAUCAUGGGAUAGCCAGGAGGUAUUUCACAUAUUUAUUUGCCUAAUUUUUUUAGCCAUAAUACCUUUUAAAAAAUUAUAAUAAUUAAAUAUUUAAUUCUUCAUAAAACAUAAAAUAUUAAAAUAAUACAUACAUUUAUGUUUAUUAUAGUUAUGUUUGGCCUCAAAUAAUUUUCUCAUUUACAGAAAGCAGAUUUUUCUUUAGUAAUGGAAAAUACUGUUUCUCAAGUAAUGAGUUUUUCUCAUUAGGCACAUACUAAUCAUCUCUAACAAAAUAUCCUAAAUUUACACAUUGUCUUAUUAUAGUGUAUUAAUUAUGCAAAUGCACUUUUAUUAAACUCAAACUUUUUGCUUUUUUUCAAGGCUUGGCUGACCAGUGAGCUUUUAGCUCUAAUUAUCAAGCAGUUUGUCAGCCAUGCAUCUUUAUAGGCUUUAAUAUUUUUAGAAGAGUUUGUCUGGGGAUUAGGAAAUGGGAUAAGGGAACCAAGACCUUAGGAGACACUAUUUUUGUGUCUCAGAUCUUUCUCAAAUUUUAUUUCUUUUUUUUUUUUUUAAAGAUUUUAUUUAUUUAUUUGACAGAGAAAUCACAAGUAGGCAGAGAGGCAGGCAGAGAGAGAGGAGGAAGCAGGCUCUCUGCUGAGCAGAA